CGUCUGAGAAAUGCUUCCGUGAACCAAAUCAAGCGAAGGAGAAGGACAGGAAUGGCAGCAAUGUUUGAAGAAAAUGGUCCUUCGACACACCAGCCAGUAGUGUCCUCGCCGUCCCAGGCCAGACAGAAAUUAGAAGGACUUCUCAAUAAGAAUAUGAGGAUCCGCAUGACAGAUGGCCGGACUUUGGUUGGGCUUUUCCUUUGCACAGAUAGAGACUGUAAUGUCAUUCUUGGAUCAGCACAGGAAUUCCUUAAAUCUACAGACACAUUUUCCCAAGGUGAACCCAGAGUCCUAGGACUGGCUAUGAUUCCAGGGCACCAUGUUGUUUCUAUAGAAGUGGAGGCAGACAGUCUUGAGGACACACAAGGCUUUGGAGUCAAUCACUGACAUAUCUUUCCCCGUUUGGAUAACAUUAGGCUUGUUGAAAAUGAGCACGGUGGCCUUCUUCAUCUGCCUUCAUGGACUGCCAAGCCAAAAGGCAUGAUGGGAAAUGCAGUGCUGUCAGCAUGUGAAUCUGACAGCGGACUGACCUCCGAUUGGGCCUGAUGUAUUUUGGUCAGAAACAUGCCUUGCGAUUAGGGAGCACUCAUCCCCCCUCUUUCUUAAUCCGAUCUUUCUGCUUUUAUAUAAUCAUAAAUAUGUAAAAUGACACAGAUACAAGAUUAAUAUAUGAUGUUGAUGAGCUAAAAAGUCAUUUUUCCCACAGACCAGGCCUAAGCACAUAUAUUUUAUUGUACUCUACUACUGUACUCUUUACUCUGAUGAUGUGAUGUCAGUCUGUGUGUGUCUGUCCUUCCACCAUGACUCUGCCUGUUCUGAGGCCACCUCGCUGGUCUUGUAGAUUGUUUAAGCUGAUUUCAGCCUUUUCCACCUGCCCUCAGCUUCAGCCGCCUGCUCUUGGUGUAAAUCCAGGCGUAGAUUGCAGACACCUAGUCUGGGCAGCAGUCUACUGUGGCUGACAGACACCAGACAAGACAAUCAGACUUGGUUUAAUUUUUCAUAAAUCAUGCCAAUUUUUAAUUUUCAACAGUUGAUACAUAUUGUGUAUGUUUUUCCAGUAUACUGAAAAUAAAAUCUGUAUCAGUGGUGUAACAUUCAAAAGGGAGUGGCACCAUUGAAGAAGUUUUUGAAAACAUUUUAUUUAAUUUACUUGAGCUUACCAGCCCAGUUAUAUGUGGCAUAUUGAAUUUAGUAUCCACCCAACAGUAAAAACAAUGUCAUUGAUUUAAAUAUUUAUCACAGGGAUCACGUAGUCGAGCAGUUUAUACUGGUUUUAAAGCGUUUCAACAGAUUCUACAAUGUAGAGCUGAGAAAAAAAACGUACA